AUGUAUUCCAUGAGAAAGUUGAUAGUGAUUUUCUUUAUCUCUCUAUCUCUUAUAACUUUUUCUUCGGGAGAUUUGAUAGACGAUGUUUGCCGAAAGUCUAGAGACUUUAAAGUAUGUACCACCUCUCUUAGGGCGGACCCUAAGAGCUCAUCUGCUGAUGAAAAAGGUUUGAUACGUAUACUGCUUCAACAAUGUUUAGCAAAGGCAACAAGUAUUUACAAUGAAAUUGUAAAUCUACUAAAGGAAACAAAAGAACCUGUUCUCAAAGAAUGCCUUCAAAUUUGUAAGGACAAUUAUGAUGGUUCGAACGAGGAUCUUAUAGAUUCAAUUAAAUAUUUUGAUGCAAGUGACUAUUUUUCGCUGAAGAUUAGUGCUGCUGGUGCUACAAAUGGUGCAGUCACUUGUGAAGAAGCAUUUACUGAACCACCUGUUAGAAAAUCUCCAAUAAAAUCAGAAAAUGACAAUUUUGCUGAUUUUGUUCAUUUAACAAUGAGUUUGAUACCACCACCAAAGUAGUAAUAAGAAGUUUCAUUACUAUGCUCAUUUAUAAGAUGUUGUCGUGACUACAUAAUGGUUUAUUCUAAAAUUUUAC